GCUUUGCUGGUUUGCGCUGCACUGCAUUCGUGCGUCGUGUUGUGGGUGCUGUGUGUGUUUACGAGUGUAGAGCGCAACGACAAACGAUCACUCGAGCAGUCGGGCUGAGUCAGUCGGCGCGGCAUUACCACAUUUCGCAUUCGCAGGUAGAGCGGGUGUGGUACAGUCGUGUAUUGUGAAUCACUCAUUGUGUUCCCGGACUGUGUGACGAAGCGACCUGCGGAUUAUCACUAGUUGUGUGCGGCUCGUCGAGUGUAAGGUGCUAAGUCGACUUAACACCGAUUCACCAUGAGUUACAUGCAGGCGAAUCAAAAUCGGAACAUGUCGCAUGGUAAUUACCAAUCCGACAUGCCGAUCAACGCAAAAGAACAAACCCUGAUGUGGCAACAGAACUCCUACAUGGGAGAUUCUGGCGUGCAUUCCGGGGCCGCCACCCAAGUUCCAUCUUUAACUGGAAAAGAAGAUGAAGACAUGGACUUUUUUGAUCUGGAUCAGGGUCUUCAAGGCUUCACACAGGAUCAAGUUGAUGACAUGAACAAUCAACUGAAUCAAACGCGUUCGCAACGCGUGCGAGCUGCAAUGUUUCCGGAAACUCUUGAAGAAGGCAUCGAAAUCCCUUCAACUCAAUUCGAUCCCGGCAAUCAGACGGCUGUGCAACGCCUGGCUGAACCCAGCCAGAUGCUAAAACAUGCUGUGGUUAACUUGAUUAAUUAUCAGGAUGACGCUGAUCUUGCAACGCGUGCUGUACCAGAGUUGAUUAAACUCUUGAAUGAUGAAGAUCAGGUUGUUGUAUCGCAGGCCGCCAUGAUGGUGCAUCAACUGUCGAAGAAAGAAGCCUCGCGUCAUGCUAUCAUGAACAGUCCGCAAAUGGUCGCUGCUCUCGUUCGUGCCAUUUCCAACUCCAAUGAUUUGGAAACCACCAAGGCUGCGGUUGGAACAAUGCAUAAAUUAUCGCAUCAUCGACAGGGAUUGCUCGCCAUAUUCAAAAGCGGUGGUAUUCCAGCGCUGGUUAAACUUCUAAGCUCUCCUGUUGAGAGUGUUUUGUUUUAUGCAAUUACAACAUUGCAUAAUUUACUGUUGCAUCAAGACGGAUCCAAGAUGGCGGUGCGUUUGGCUGGUGGCCUACAGAAGAUGGUCGCAUUGUUGAAUCGCAACAAUGUGAAAUUCCUAGCGAUUGUUACUGAUUGCCUGCAGAUUUUGGCGUAUGGUAAUCAAGAAAGCAAGUUGAUUAUUCUUGCGUCGCAGGGUCCAGUUGAGUUGGUGCGCAUUAUGCGCUCGUAUGAUUACGAGAAGUUGUUGUGGACCACCUCAAGGGUAUUGAAGGUUUUAUCGGUUUGUUCGAGUAAUAAACCAGCCAUUGUUGAAGCUGGUGGUAUGCAAGCCUUGGCCAUGCAUCUUGUUGAUUCCAGUCAACGAUUGGUGCAGAACUGUUUGUGGACAUUGAGAAACUUGUCUGAUGCGGCUACAAAGGUUGAGAAUUUGGAAAAUAUGUUACAAUCAUUGGUGCAGGUUCUACAAUCACCAGACAGUAAUGUUGUAACAUGCGCCGCUGGCAUUCUCUCCAACUUGACUUGUAACAAUCAUAGAAACAAGGUGACUGUUUGUCAAGUUGGUGGAGUUGAUGCACUGGUGAGAACUAUUGUCACCGCUGGUGAUCGUGAAGAGAUCACAGAACCUGCUGUGUGCGCUUUGCGUCAUUUAACUUCAAGGCAUUCAGAAUCUGAAAUGGCGCAAAAUUCAGUGCGUUUGAAUUAUGGUAUUCAGGUGAUCGUGAAACUCCUAAGUCCGCCGUCAAGAUGGCCGCUGAUCAAGGCUGUGAUUGGUCUGAUUCGCAACCUUGCAUUGUGUCCGGCCAAUCAUGCACCAUUGAGAGAACAUGGCGCUGUGCAUCAUUUAGUGCAGUUGUUGAUGAGGGCUUUCCAGGAUACACAAAGACAGAGGUCGAGUGUAACAAGUGCUGGGUCUACAACCGCGGCAAAUUAUGCUGAUGGUGUAAGAAUGGAGGAGAUUGUCGAAGGGACUGUGGGAGCGUUGCAUAUUUUAGCGCGUGAAGCACACAACAGGGCGGUUAUCAGACAGCAGAUGGUGACGCCGAUUUUCGUGCAAUUGCUGUUCAAUGAUAUUGAGAAUAUUCAACGCGUCGCAGCUGGCGUGCUUUGCGAAUUGGCUGCUGAUAAGGAAGGUGCGGAGUUGAUCGAGCAGGAGGGUGCCACUGCCCCGCUGACGGAACUUUUACAUUCCCGUAAUGAAGGAGUGGCAACUUAUGCAGCUGCAGUGCUCUUCCGCAUGAGUGAAGAUAAACCGCAGGAUUACAAGAAGCGUCUUUCCAUGGAAUUGGGUAAUUCGCUCUUCAGAGAGGAGAAUUUGUGGAAUGCUGACCUUGGAAUGGCUUCUGACCUCCAGGACAUUUUGAGUCCUGAUCAACCAUAUGAUAUUUACGCACAAAGCCCACCUAGCGUGCACAGCAGUCAUGGCGGACGGGCACAAUAUCAGCAACCAGGGUAUGACCAGAUACCAAUAGACAUGCAGGGCCUAGAAAUCGGCUCGCACGGAGGUACUGGUUCUCCCUUUGGGGUGCUGGAUGCAAUGGAUGUCGGUAAUGAUCCGACCGACCUCGACUUUGACACCAUGGACCAGUUGCCGCCUCCGCCGACUGAUAACAGCCAAGUGGCAGCUUGGUACGACACCGACUUGUAAACGUUUGUUUUAAUUGUGUGUGUGUCUCUUGCUGGCGACAGUAAGAUUUUUAUGAGCAGCGAAUCUUUUUAUACAACAAUUAACUUAAUUUUAAUUAAUACAUAAACAACUUUUAAUUUAAAGUUUAUUGAAAUAGUGCUAGAAACAUCGCAACUUUUCGUUUCAUCGUAAAGUAAGAAUAUGCAUUUAGAUAAAUUUAUUUUUAUGUUGAUGUUAACAAACAUUUGGCAUUUUAUUCUACAAAAUUUAUCAUGGAACAAAUUGAACCGAUACAGGGUAGUUAUUAAGGACAUAUUGUCCACAUAGUAUAUUAACUUUGUGUAUUAUCGGUAGAGAUGUUCACAAAAUGACAUAGGAAAUAUAUACUACUACUAUAAUCAAAAUAACGAUUUUUGCAAUUAAAUAUUCACUGAAAUUUUGAAA